UUCAGAGUGGCUGGGACUGGAAAAAAAGAGCUGCUUUGCUAACGUUAGCGUCCACCGAGCUAACGGUAGGUAGCACCGGAGUAAACAUGGAGCUGUCCGCCGUCGGGGAGAGGGUGUUCGCUGCCGAGUCUAUCAUCAAACGGAGGAUAAGGAAGGGUCGCAUUGAAUACCUUGUGAAAUGGAAGGGCUGGUCUCCCAAAUACAGCACUUGGGAACCAGAGGAGAAUAUUUUGGACUCCCGCCUGUUUGCCGCUUUUGAGCAGAGGGAGCGUGAAAGGGAGCUCUAUGGGCCCAAGAAGAGAGGACCAAAACCCAAAACGUUUCUGCUAAAGGCUCAGGCUAAAGUUAAAGCAAAGUCUUAUGAGUUCAGGAGCGAUGCAGUCCGAGGGAUGCACAUCACCUACCCAACCCCAGAGCCGGUUAUCACCCCCAGGGCCAGAGAGGGCCUGAGAGCCGUUGUUCCCACCAUCUUCCCACCCAGUACCGUCAACCGUGGAGAAAGUGUACGUGUCAGACCACCAGAAUUGUCCCGUGAGCACCAGCAGCUUGGCCUCCAGCAAACUGGUCCUGAUGGGCUCAUCCACAUACCCAAAAAGAGAGGGCCAAAGCCUAAGCCCCGGUUUAAGGACAGCAGCUGCGGCCCUGCUGUCUCCGAGCCCCACAAGAGGAGAGUGGAGGAGCAGCUGAGCCACGGCCCUCACAAACUGGUCAAGCUCCAGGGGGGUGAAGAUAUGAGGCUGAUCAAAGUAGCCCAGAGACAUCCAGAGAACUAUGGUCACAGCCAUAAACAUCACCACCAUCACCACCACCACCACCACCACACACACAACCGGGGAAUGUCCGGUGGAAGCUCCUACAAGCAGCUGUACUCAGACUGCAGCCUGCAUUCACACAGGACAGACAUGGACACGCACAGGACUAAAGACGGCUCCAGCUACCUGGCACCUGCACACUUCAAGCACCAGUCCAAAAUGAGCCAGAGCCGGAGUCGCUCUGUGCAGAGUCCAGAGAUGGAAAGGCCUUACUUCUUGGACAGGCCGUCCCCGACCCGGCUCCUGGACAACAUGGAUGAAGUGACGUGGAGGCCUUCCCUCUGCAACGUGGAAAAGGUCCUGGUGACAGACGUGACCACCAACUUCCUGACUGUCACUAUCAAGGAGAGCAGCACUUCUAAAGGCUUCUUCAAAGACAAGAGAUGAUUUCUUUAUGGCAAGCUUCGUUUUCUCU